UAAGAUAACAUUAUCCAAUAAGAUAACAUUAUCCAAUAUGUAGUUUUUUGAAGCCCUAACACAAAUUCCAAUUACACCGACAUAAAUUGUUAUAUAUGGAUUAACCUCAUGUGCUGUUCGCUCUACGUUCUAUAAUCUGUCUACCGUAUUCCGAAUAAAGAGGAUACCUAGCCAGAGCUUUUUUUGUUUUGUUACUCCAAGAGGAUUGAAGAUGCAAGCAAGGAAGCUACCGUUGUUCGCGAUCUAUGCGAUUUCUGUAGUCGUGUUGUAUCUUGUCUUCGUUGAUUCUCCCACAUCUGUUGUCCCCGACAACAACUCACCGUUCAAACGAAACUUGCCUCUCUCCAGAACCGAUGACCCCGUGGCCAUGAGUACUACAACUAUCGUUACAGUUCUGGACUUCUCGGACCGUAAUGAAAAGAAAGAGUUAGGUCAGUUGGUCCCUCCUCGUAAAGCUGGCAUGUUUGACAGAAUUGACGAUUUCAGAGGAAACGUGCCUCUCUCCAGAACCAAUGACCCCGUGACCAUGAGCAGUAGUAGUAUCGUCAAAGUUGUGGACUCCUCCGACCAUAACGAAACAGACGAGCUAGAUCCGUUGGUACCUCUUCCUAAAGCUGGCAAGUUUGAGAGACUCGACUGGUUCAGAAGAAACGUUCCCGUCUCCGGAACCAAUGACCCCGUGACCAUGAGUAGUAGUAGUAUCGUCAAAGUUGUGGACUCCUCCGACCAUAACGAAACAGACGAGUUAGAUCCGUUGGUACCUCCUCGCAAAGCUGGCAAGUUUGAGAGAAUCGGCUGGUUCAGAAGAAACGUGCCUCUCACCAGAACCAAUGACCCCGUGACCAAGAGUGGUAGUAUCGUCAAAGUUGUGGACUCCUCCAACCAUAACGAAACAUACGAGUUAGAUCCAUUGAUACUUCCUCGUAAAGCUGGCAAGUUUGAGAGAAUCAACUGGUUCAGAAGAAACAUGCCUCUCUCCAGAACCACUGACUCCGUGACCAUGAGCAGUAGUAGUAUCAUCAAAGUUGUAGACUGCUCAGACCAUAACGAAACAGAGGAGUUAGAUCUGUUGGUACCUCCUCGUAAAGCUGGCAAGCUUGAGAGAAUUGAGUGGUUCAGAAGAAAGCUACCUGAGAUGGAGAUACUGAAAUCGACUAGCAAGAGCAAGAGAUUCCAUUCAAGAGUUUUGGAGUUGUACAACAGCAGUUGCUCCGCUCAGUUCUUUAUGGUUUGGCUCUCUCCCGCAAAUUCCUUUGGACCAAGAGAGAUGUUAGCUGUCGACACUCUCUUCACCACCAAUCCUGGAGCCUGCUUGGCGAUCUUGUCCAACUCCUUAGACUCCCCCAGAGGAUACACCAUUCUUAAACCAUUGCUUGAUCGAGGUUUCAACCUCAUUGCUGUGACCUUAGACAUCCCAUUCCUCGUCAAGAACACUCCUGCUGAAGCUUGGCUGAAAAGGCUAAAGAGUGGCCACAUGGAUCCUGGUUCGAUCCCCUUGUUCAUGAAUCUCUCUGACCUAACUAGACUCGCCGUGCUCUACAAAUACGGAGGAGUCUAUCUCGACACAGACAUCAUCUUCCUUGGUGAUAUAACAAGACUAAGAAACGCGAUUGGAGCACAGAGUAUCGAUCCGAAAACCAAGAUAUGGACAAGACUAAACAACGCAGUGAUGGUCUUUGACACCUACCAUCCGCUUAUGCGAGAAUUCUUGCAAGAGUACUCCACAACUUUCGACGGAAACAUAUGGGGACACAACAGCCCUUACCUAGUCUCUAGAGUUAUCAAGAGAGUAGGAAACAAACCUGGAUUUAACUUCACAAUCUUUGCUCCGGAUGCUUUCUAUCCAGUAAAUUGGAUCAAAAUCCCAAAGCUUUUCAAGAAACCUGCAACCACAACAGAAGCAAAAUGGGUAGACAAGACGGUACAGGACAUGAGCAAAGGGAGUUACAUGGUUCAUCUGUGGAACAAAGUCACAAGGAAGAUUAAGAUUGAAGAAGGAAGCGUCAUGUACAAUCUCAUCUCCUCUCACUGCACAGUCUGCAGAAACAUCACAAACUCUCAUACUCUCUAAACUGCUAAACAGAUACAACGAUUCCCGUUUUUCAAGGAAUCGUCAUGUACAGUCUCAUCUCCAAUUACUGCACAGUCUGAAGAAACAUCACAAAGUCUCAUACUUUCUGAACUGAUACAAGCAUACAACGAUUCCCGUUUUUCAAGGAAGGGUAAUGUACAGUCUCAUCUCCAUUCACUGCACAGUCUGAAGAAACAUCAUAAAGUAUCAUACUUUCUAAACAGAUACAAGCAUACAACGAUUUUGUCCAGUCUCAUCUCCAUUCACUGCAUAGUCUGAAGAAACUUCACAAAGUCUGUACU